AUGCUGAACUUGACGUGCUGCGGUCUGCGGAAGAGCGAGAAAGAUCAACGAGGCAUCCUGCGGUCCUCCUCUCACUCCUCUGCUACUGCAUCCUACUCACACUCGCACGCUGAGCCUCAGAAACGCGGUGUUGCCUAUGGGCAAGUCGAACGGGUGAAGCUCGGUGCAUCGCACUCAGGCCAUGGCGAAGUGAAGAACCAGCUUGGAGCGGCUGAAUCGAUCCAAGGAUUACAGGUCAACGAGAAGACAGAACAGAGAGUGGUAGUGGGCGCUGAGGACCUAGGGCUUGUGCUGGGCGUCGGUUCCAAAGGAGUAGUAGUCCAGUCGGUGGUGAAGGGAUCUCCGUGUUUCAUCGAUGGUAGGAUCAAGGAAGGGGAUAUCAUCCUAUCGAUCGACAACGAAGACGUGCAGGAUUUUAACCAUGCGGUUCAACUGUUGGAAGGCGAAAAGGGAACAUGCGUCGGUAUCAAGACUGAGAGACAUGUUGCGCGAAGCUUCGAUCCAUUCAUACGGAAGCAAUUCAUCACUCUCUUCCGAUGA